AUGGGCUGCCGGAGCCCAUGGCCACUUUGGAGCUGGGUGCUGUGGGGGCUCUGGGUGCUGGCAGGCAUCCAGAUGCCACAGGUGACAGCAGGUGGGCUGGUCCCAGCCGGGAGCAGUGGUGAGCAGGAGGGACCUCCCAGCCCGGCAGCUCUCCCCGGGGGUCCAGCAACACGAGGCAGCUCCCAGGCAGGGGCAGGGAUUGGGAUCUCUUCUCCAGGCCCCACCAGCCACCCAACCAGCACCCCUCCAGCUCUCAGCACCACUCGGCACAAGCAGCUUCCAUCCUUCACGCCAACAGGGCUGCCAGCAGUCUCGCUCUACCCUUUUGGCAUGGAAGGAGGGGACCAAGAGUUCAUCCAGAGGACAGUGGAUUUUAACUCCCCCCUGUUCAAGCCAGAGAUUGGAUUCCCCUUUGGGAAGUCACUGCGAGAUGCUCUCUACGAGUACUCCACCCUCAGCUCUACCCGAGACCCCGUUGUGCAGGAUGUGGAAGCAAAGAUUGAAAAAUACCUGAAAAUCCCCUACACAGCAAAAUGGACCUUGAAGGUGACGUGGGAGAAGGCUCCAGCAUACCCAUCCCAGAGAGAUGACACUCAGACAAACACCUACCAGGCAGUGCUCACCACUGAUGGGAACCGCUCCUUCGCCCUGCUGCUCUACCAGGACGGUGGGAUGCAGUGGGACUACACUAAGCUGGCUGCAGGCAACGUGCUGAUCGGCUUCUCCAGCGGCAAUGGCUACGCCCGAAACAACGAGCUGACUCUAAAGCCACCAGGUGUCAAGUACCGACCGGACCAGCACAGCAGCGCCGGCUCCG